CAAAAUACCCUCCAAAACAGCACCCAGAGGCCAGAGCCCAGCAGCAAUCAACCCCGAUCUUCUCCACAUUUACAGAUCCAAACAUGGCAUUGAACAAUCCACCCCAAAAAACCCUAGAAACAGCUGUUGAUACUACUCGGGGCACCGAAGGACAACCCGAAUCCGUAUCGGAAGAAGAGGAAGUAGAAGCGGAAGAGUUGGAAAGAUUGGAGUCAGAAGCGAAAGAAAUGGCGAAGAAGAUUCUCGAAUACAGAUCCACUUUUCCGAAUCAGCUGGAGGUUACCUUAGCUUCGGUUCUUUCUGCCCAAAGACCCUUUCUUCCUAGCAUGGAUUCUGGGUCGGAUUUGGGACCCGCCGGAGAGUUUAAUCCAGGUUUAGAAGAACAGGUUAACUCCAGCAAACCAACUUCACUAACAGAAGGGGACCAAAAGAUAACUGAGAAAGUACGGUUGCUCAAAGAUAAAAUUUCCAGCAAUGUCUCAGCCAUGCCUACUGUACUAAACAGGAUGAAAGAGUGUAUGUCAAAGAUUGACAAUCUAGAUUCUCACGUUGGAACCUUACAUCCAUUUUCUAAAAAGAAAAAGACUAGCUGAACAAGUUUUUUGCACAUGUGCUUGACUUUUUGUAUUUGGUGUUAGUUUGAAGAGGAAUGACAGAGGUGUUCCUAUGACUGAUGUAGAUUUGUACAAUGGAUCCAUGCAUCCAACUGUUGAAAGGAGGGAUUCUACUGACCAAAUAUAUCUCACCAUCCUAGAUUUAGGAGUUUUUGUUGUAUUGUAAUUACUCGAGGCAUCAUUUUGUGUGUAUCAUAAUUUGUUGAUAAUCAUCUGAAAGCAACUUUUGCACCAAUUUAAUUAUUGAUCAGGAUGAAGAUAGAGACGCCAUUGCAUAGGAUGUACACAUUUUGUCUUUGUUCCUUCUGGUUUCUGCUCAACAAUGUUCUGAAACAUUAAGAUGAUUGUAACUACUUGAGCAGUGGUAUAAGAUGUCCUUUUUUUUUUUUUCCUUUGCA